CGGGUGGCGGCAGCCGGGGAAGCAGCAGGAGGUAGCUAUUUCUGGCAAGGCGCGUCCCCAGGCCCGGCGGCCCGCGCCCGCUCGGCGUUCCCCGCGCUGGCCAGGCGGGGUGGCUGGCCGAGGGCGGGCCGGGGGCGGGGCACGGUCGGCCCACCCGCCCUGCUCGCCCGCAGUUCCUUCGGUCUCCACCGCCCCGUGCCGCCCGUCGGGGAUGGACUCGGGCCGGGACUUCCUGGCCCUGCACGGCCUACAGGAUGACAAGGACCUGCAGGCACUGCUGAAGGGCAGCCAGCUGCUGAAGGUGAAGUCCAGCUCCUGGCGGAGGGAGCGCUUCUACAAGCUGCAGGAGGACUGCAAGACUAUCUGGCAAGAGUCCCGCAAAGUCAUGCGGACCCCAGAGUCCCAGCUGUUCUCCAUCGAGGACAUUCAGGAGGUGCGGGUGGGGCACCGCACGGAGGGCCUGGAGAAGUUUGCCCGUGAUGUGCCCGAGGACCGCUGCUUCUCCAUCAUCUUUAAGGACCAGCGCAGCCCACUAGACCUCAUCGCCUCCUCACCAGCUGACAUGCAGCACUGGGUGCAGGGCCUGCGCAAGAUCAUCCAGCACUCGGGCUCCAUGGACCAGCGGCAGAAACUGCAGCACUGGAUUCACUCUUGCUUGCGAAAAGCUGACAAAAACAAGGACAAUAAGAUGAGCUUCAAGGAGCUGCAGAACUUCCUGAAAGAGCUCAACAUCCAGGUGGAUGACAGCUACGCGCGGAAGAUCUUCAGGGAAUGUGACCACUCCCAGACAGACUCCCUGGAGGAUGAGGAGAUUGAGGCUUUCUACAAGAUGCUCACCAAGCGGGCGGAGAUUGACCACACCUUUGCGGAGGCAGCGGGCUCGGGGGAGACCCUGUCGGUGGAUCAGUUAGUGACGUUCCUGAAGCACCAACAGCGGGAGGAGGCAGCAGGGCCUGUGCUGGCCCUGUCCCUCAUUGAGCGCUAUGAGCCCAGCGAGACUGCCAAGGCGCGGCGGCAGAUGACUAAGGACGGCUUCCUCAUGUACCUGCUGUCGGCCGACGGCAGCGCCUUCAGCGUGGCGCACCGGCGGGUCUACCAGGACAUGGACCAGCCGCUCAGCCACUACCUGGUGUCCUCGUCCCACAACACCUACCUGCUGGAGGACCAGCUCACCGGGCCCAGCAGCACAGAAGCCUACAUCCGGGCGCUGUGCAAAGGCUGCCGCUGCCUGGAGCUGGACUGCUGGGACGGGCCCAGCCAGGAGCCGGUCAUCUACCACGGCUAUACCUUCACCUCCAAGAUCCUCUUGUGCGACGUGCUCAGGGCCAUCCGAGACUACGCCUUCAAGGCAUCCCCCUACCCUGUCAUCCUGUCGCUGGAGAACCACUGCAGCCUGGAGCAGCAGCGCGUGAUGGCGCGGCACCUGCACGCCAUCCUGGGCCCGAUGCUACUGGGCCAACCGCUGGACGGGGCCACCGCCAGCCUGCCCUCCCCAGAGCAACUGAAGGGGAAGAUCUUGCUGAAGGGGAAGAAGCUUGGGGGGCUCCUGCCCCCGGGAGGGGAAAGUGGCCCUGAGGCCAUCGUCGUGUCGGACGAGGACGAGGCUGCUGAGAUGGAGGACGAGGCAGUGAGGAGCCGCGUGCCACGCGAGCCCAGGGAGGACAAGCUCAGGCUAGUGCAGGAGCUCUCCGAUAUGGUCAUUUACUGCAAGAGUGUCCACUUUCGGGGCUUCGCUGGACCCGGCACCCCAGGCCAGGCUUUCUAUGAGAUGGCGUCCUUCUCCGAGAACCGUGCCCUCCGGCUGCUGCAAGAAUCAGGAAACAGCUUUGUCCGCCACAACGUGAAUCACCUGAGCAGGAUCUACCCAGCUGGAUGGAGGACCGACUCCUCCAACUACAGCCCCGUGGAGAUGUGGAAUGGAGGCUGCCAGAUCGUGGCCCUGAAUUUCCAGACACCUGGACCAGAGAUGGACGUGUACCAUGGCCGCUUCCAGGACAAUGGGGCCUGUGGAUACGUGCUGAAGCCUGCCUUCCUGCGAGACCCCAAUUCCACCUUCAACUCUCGUGUCCUGGCGCAGGGGCCCUGGUGGACUCGGAAGCGGCUCAGUGUCAGGGUCAUCUCAGGGCAGCAACUGCCAAAAGUCAACAAGAAUAAGAAUUCGAUUGUGGACCCCAAAGUGACGGUGGAGAUCCACGGCGUGGGCCGGGACAUGGCCAGCCGCCAGACCGCUGUAGUCACCAAUAAUGGCUUCAACCCGUGGUGGGACACGGAGUUUGAGUUUGAGGUGCUCGUGCCUGAGCUUGCCCUCGUGCGCUUCCUGGUGGAGGAUUAUGACGCCUCCUCCAAGAAUGACUUCAUCGGCCAGAGCACCAUCCCCUUCUGCAGUCUCAAGCAGGGGUACCGCCACAUCCACCUCUUGUCCAAGACGGGGGACCAACACCCAUCCGCCACCCUCUUUGUGAAGGUGUCCCUUCAGGACUAGACAUGAGGAGUCUGGCGGGGCAGACCUCGUCCACGGCUGGGGGCAGGGCUGCAGGGGCUGUUCCCAGCCUCACCCAGAGCAUGAGAUCUCACCCUGCCGUCAGCACCAACAUGCCUGUGCUGCUGCCUCUCCCAGGAGCUGGUCCAGUCCCUGGAGCUGCCCUCCAUUCCGUUAGGAACAGCACUGUAGCCCUCUCUGCCCUCUGACUGGCCCUAGGUCGAGGGCUUUUAUAAAAAUCAAUCAAAGACUAA